UUGGCUUCCUCUCCUAGAGAACUCAUUCCUCUCAGUAGAGAGAAUUAACCAACACCCUUCCUAACAGAGCUUUCCUAAAGUAGAAAUCAGUACAAUGAGCUGAAGAAAGAAAUGGCAAACCAUUCCAGGAUCUUUGCCAAGAAAACCCCAUGGUCCAUGGAGUUGUGAAGAGUCGAACAGGACUGCAGUGACUGAACAACAAAGUGGAAGAGGAUUGCAGUACUUUGGCAGGGAGUAGGUUUCCUGUCCUUGAAGGCCUUCAAACAGAAACCAGAGGACCACUUGACUCCUUUCAGCCCCCAGAGAUGCUGGAGAAAUGUUUGCUCACCAUUGCUGUGGUUCCCUAUGUGAUCUUCAUUUGGCUGCAGAUCCCUCAGGUCAGAGGCAAGACUCUGCCCCUUGACAUGGCUCCAAACUCGUUUGAUGAUGCCUAUAUUGGCUGUGUGGAGGAGAUGGAACAGAUCGCUCCCUUCCUGUUUCAGGAAGAGAUGGCCCAACACCAGGUUCUCAGGGAAUCAUGGGAGGCUGCCACAGCUUUUCUGAAAAGUUAUCAGAACCUCUCCCUACCCCCAGGUUUCACGACUCAGCAUGCAAUGGCUGUCAUAGUCUAUACCAACUCAUCCAACAUCCUGCACCGGGAGCUGAACUCAGCUGUAAGGACACUGGGCAGCUCUAUUGAUGCCUACAUGGAACAAUUUCCCUUCAAGGCCUUGCACUUCUACCUUAUGCGGGCCCUGCAACUGCUGAGAGAUCCUGAGAGCUGUAAGGAGGACUCUGGCCAGGAGGUAUUUCGAGGUGUGGGAAAUAUCCACUUUGAGCCCAGGAAGCUUGGAGAGAGCAUCCGCUUUGGUCAGUUCACCUCCACCUCUGAGGAGUGGAAGGUGGCCCAGAUGUAUGGAAAUGCCACCCUCUUUACCCUGAGCACAUGCUUUGGGGCCUCCAUCAAGAGACUCUCAGUCUUCCCCAAUGAGAGAGAAGUGCUCAUCCCACCAAAUGAGGUAUUCCAAGUGUCUAAUUUCUCCCAGGAGGGAACUCGAAAUCUGGUAACUCUGAGAAGCCUCAAUUGGACCUAUAGCAACUUCAACUGUGUCUACCUAAAGAGAAAGAAGAGUCAAAAUAGUGUGUUUAAAACAGGAACUAUUAAUGGCACAGUCCUUGGCAAGGUGAUCCCAUGGCUUUUUGUGGUGACCCAGCUUCUGCUCUUCAGAAUUUUCUGCUCAGAUUUUUCCUAGAGAGAUUUUGGCUUUUUCCUGCCUCAUCUCCAUCGGCCUCCCUGAUAUCCAAACAUACCAAAAUUCUCCACAAUUUUGAAAGUUCUACAACAUGACAACCCUACAUUGUCCCCUGGUGGUGAAUAUUCCCAUUGCAUCCAGUCACCACCUGGAAAUCCAUGCCUACUGUUGUCAGAUGGAGAUGACUUUUCUGGAGAUUCUAACCUCUUUCUCCUCCUCACGCCUCCAUUAUAUAUGGCCUCCAUUAUAUGUCAACGGUCUGCAAUUAGCUUUGAAAUGGAGAACUGUAGUAGAAAAAGCUCAGAGUUAGGCUUUGGGUCAUGGCCUUUCUUGCCUCUGGCUCCCUUGACUAGCUAGAAUGCCCUCCCUGUUUGCAUCGACUUUCCAAAUCCCUUCUACUCUCCUAGGACUAACUUGAGUUCUGACCCCAAAAGUUUCUUCUUCUAGGGAGCUCCAACAACCUUCUUUGCUUACACCACCCAUUGGCAAUUAACCAUAAACAGCCUUAUGGAAUUUCUUGAAAUGAAGGAUUUCUUUUCUUUGUU